AUGACCAAGCGCACUAAGAAGGUCGGAGUUACCGGUAAAUACGGUGUCAGAUAUGGUGCCUCUCUGAGGAAGCAGGUCAAGAAGAUGGAAAUCACCCAGCACGCCCGCUACACUUGCACUUUCUGCGGAAAGACCACCGUCAAGCGCACAUCCGUCGGUAUCUGGGAGUGCAAGUCUUGCAAGAAGACCGUUGCCGGAGGUGCCUGGGUUGUCUCUACCCCCGCUGCCGCUGCCACCCGCUCAACAAUCCGUCGUCUCCGUGAGAUCGCCGAGGUCUAA